AUGGGAAUAAAGAACGUUAGUGCAAAUGAUCAAGGUAAUCGGAAUAUGAAGGAAAAAAUGAAAAUCAAAGACAUACCUGAAGGUCUUGGCAAAGGAAACAUUCGAAAGAGCGAAUGUGAUGAAGGUGAAAGAAUGAAUGUCGUCAAAAAUGA